CAGUGUAGAGCCGCGAGAGUUCAGCCCCGUAGAGGUAACCAAUGAGCAGAGCUCCUGCUACGACGGAGCCAAUCGGGUGAAAAGCGCGGGGAUUCCCGGUGUCCGUACGUUUACUGUUGGAGUACGGAGUUGCAAGAUGUUGAUUCCGCUGCCACUUGCAGAGCAGGCGCCCUCGGAUGCCUGUUGCGGUGUACGCUGGUUGCUGCGUGAAGAGUGAUCACCUAGACAAGCCAACACGUCGCCGCACCGAGUCAGUUCUAGUGCUGCGGUUACAUAAUAAGGACAUAGAACUGAAAGAUUUCGUCGAAGCCAAAUAAGGAGAAAACAUCGUUAUUGCAACACCGCCUCCUGAAAGCGCAGUCAACAUCCAUUGUACCACCGUAUCUAAUGCGCCAAGAAUGCCAACAGUGCUUCGCUGAGCGCAGUCCUGUCAUCUGUUUGUGCGGAAACUUGGCCAAGGUCAUUUCAAGGGCGCACACAUACCAGGGACUGACAGUAAACAUCUCUUCCUUAUCGCGGUUACUGGGCAGCAUCGUUUGCACGCAUUAACCAAGUUUGUGUGUAAAGGAACAUCUGUGGUAAUUAAUUGAGGUAAACGUAGCAGACGUUCCCUGAAGGCAGUAUUGCGUACAAUGGCGUCCGGAUGGAGCAGGGAUCCAACUGAAGACCAGCAGCGAUAUUACGAGCUAUUGGGGGACGUCUGUGCGUACGAAACAAACACCAGUUGGGGACUGUUGACACUGCACAGAAAAGUUGGUUACGCCAUAUGUGGCUUACCAGACGAAGAAUCGAAAUGUGAUAACGCCCACACUGGAUACAGUAAGAACAAGUACAAAACCAUCAAGGCUGUCGUCGACUUCAUAAGAGACGUAAACAAGGAGAAGACAGAAGAGAGAGAUCAACUUGAUAUGGCCAUUAUAUUUGUCUUCGUGCAAUACGAGGAGGAGGUGCUGCAGUUUCCCGUAUUUCGAAUACUGCUCACGAAAUCCACGUGGAAAUUCGUGGAUACGAGUUGCCGCGUCUAUUCAUCGUGGGAGGAUUACUUGACAUCCAAUGAAUUACCCGAAGGAAAAUUUUGCUGGCCUCUCAACGGAAUAUACAGCGGCGGCGGUGGCGACGAAGACGCCGACGACGCCGACGACAAAGUGCAACUAGGAUGGGGAGUAACACCUGCAGCACAAACCGGCAGGAAGGUGGUUGAAGUAGCGGAUAAGGUCAGCACUGUGGCUGCACUAGGGGCGACUGGUGUGUGUCUCCUCGGUAUGGCGACUCCGUUAGGACCAGUGAUGGCGGUGGCUGGUGCUGUUAGCGGCCUCUACGGCGCGGCACGCAGUGGUGUAUCGCUGUUAGACCGUGGUACACACGGCCAAACUGUCAACCCCUUCAGCGAUCGUCAGGCAGCCAUGUCGUGGAUAUCUGUGGCGGGCAGUGUGGUCGGUAUGGCAGCUGGCGCGGCAGCGAGUCGAGCAGCAAAUCUGGCGAGGAAUGGUCAGGUGAUGAGCAAGACAGGACAAAUAACGUGUAAUGCUCUCAACGUCACCUCACUGGCUGUUAAUGCUACGGGUCUUGGUAUUGGCGCCAUCAGCCUCAGCGAACGCAUCAAGGAGGGGGAGGCAACACCUCUAGAAGUUGCCCAGUUCAGUGCCUCACUGUUGUUUUUCGCUCACGCAACAGUCAAUUUCCAGACAGCUUCACAAAUAAUCAAGGAAACACAGAAAGGAGUAAUAGAGGAUUUUGAGAAGAGCCUAAGAAGCAACCGGCACAGGAAACAGUUCAAGAAGUUGGCCAAGAACACCGCAGCCGCUGGUGAGAAUCCAGUGGAUGGUAAUGCAAGAGUUAUUAGGGGCAUCCGCAGCAUUGAUAACAAGGACGAUUUCUUUGCUGGCAUGGUGAGAACAAGGAAAGACUUUGGCAGCCACAAAGCCGUUUUUUCUGAAAAUGGAAACAUUGUUGUGAAUGGUGGUGCAGAGAUACAUCCAAUGAAACUGUAUGAACUAGACAAACAACAAAGGAGAGAAUUCCUCUCAUUGGCGAAGCAGGCAUCACAGGGCAAAAUAUCUGAUGCGACCUUAAAAGCUCGGUUUGACUCUGUGCUCGGCACUAACACUGCAGGCUCUUCUGGGAGGAACACAUCUCAGGACAAUGAUGUAGUGGAGGCAGAAAAGCUACUGACUUCACAGCUGCAGCAGGGAACACAAGGGGUAACCAUAGGCAGCAACGAGGUUAUACUUAUGCUGUCACUUGUGGACGACCUCACAGAAAAGGUGUGCUCAAAGACAGACAAUAAAUAUGCAGAAGUGUGGCACCUUAUCUGGCAGCAUGUGUAUAAGCUUGUUAGGCAAUUGUGCAAUACGUAUGACAAACUUCAAAACCUUAAAAAACAGGUAGAUAACUUUAUAGAUAAGCCCCAGUUUGAUCUGGAAACCAGCAAACAAAUGGCCAAUGUCUUCAUCAAAUCUGCUUGGGAGGUUUACAAUCAAUACAAAGAUCACAUUGAAGAACUGAUAAAGGAUAUAGAGAAGAAAUUGAAGGCAAAAGAUACCUGUGAAAAAUGUAAAGAGGCCAUGUGACAAGUAACGAGCUUUAUUUACUGAGUUUGUGAACUCUGUUAAUACCUGAAAAUUAAUAGUUACAUGAAUGCUAUUGCAGUUAGAGAACACACAGUUUGUAUUGUCUUGUUACAUCAGUGUGAAAGACAAUUGUUUUAAAAUAAAUUCAACCGCUGCAGUUAUUACAGAGGAUUGUUAUAGUUUCAAGUGGCAAUACUUUGUAUAUUGCUUAGUUAUGUCUUCACUCUAGGUAGAAAGUAAUGUUCAGUUCUGUGCUGCAGUUGGUGUUUUUUGAAAUUUUCAGACUGACUUCUUGUAUUUUAAGAUCUGUGCAGCAUUUGAAAUGUGGGUUUAUAAUGAAAGCACAGUAACAGUAGUGCAAUAUGAUUAAAUUUUCAGUCUACCAUAAAUGUUGCAACACACUAUGAUGGGAUAGCCUGAGUUUUCCUCGAUUUGUCUCUGUGUUAGAGUAUUAUUACCAUUACUAUUAUUAUUAUUAUUAUUAUUUAUUAUUAAGCUUUAUUUACUGGUUAUUUUUUGUUACUUAAUGAUUUUCAGUAAAACAUAUAAUUUGCAAUUUAAACUAACAAAAGUCAUUGAUGUGCUGAAUUGCUUAUAACCAUAGACAGAGGAUUUAAUAAGUAGUCAUUGUAUAUGAUAAAGAGAGACUGGCUGCACAGUAUCCUUCUAAGAAAAAGGAUAGUGGAUCAUGUACAAAAUGGUAAUAUUAGAGAGAGCACAGCAGAUAAUAAUGAGUGGAAAGACCUGUCACACAUUAUCUAGGACACAGCAGAAGCAGAUGUACAGAGUACACAGCUACACAGUUCAGAGAGAAAUGAAAGUUUUAGUAAUCCACACAGAAAAGAAUAUAAUAUAUAAGAAAUAGCUCACAAGACUGAUUCAUUAAAAAUAUUUAGUUAUGUUGAAAAAUUGAUUUAUUCUUUUGUAUGGCAUGUUCACCAUCAGAUGAAAUAUUUUUUUUAAAAAGCUGUUUAUAUUAACUUUCAUGGUAUAUAAAAAGUCUUCAUAUUAAAGGAUGUAUGUUGUAUUUUGUGACUGCAGAAGGAAAAACUAAUGCUUCUUGUGUAUUCAGAUGACAGUCACAGUGAAUUCAAUAUUCAAUGGUUGUAAUGAAUCAGAAAUAACACAUAGAUACUGCUUUAUUGAUCCACAAUAGAAAAUGGAUUCAGGGAUAAGAUAGCCUUUAGAACAAAAUAAUGGAUUAUUAUAGAUGAAAAAUUUCAUAAACUUCUUCAUUGCAAACAUACUGUGACGACACCUUCACUAUCACUAGUAUUGGUAUCAUAUUGAACAAUUGUUGUUAAUGCUGUAUAGUGAUCUUAUAACAUUUGAUAGAACAGUCCUUUCAUAAGUACUUUCAAGUGUUCUGACCCCUCUUACUGUAAGAUGUAGAUAACUGUUACAAAGUUCAUUAGCCAGACCUCAUCAGUAUGUAAGGUCGAAAUCAAGAAAAUACUUCAAAUCAGGAGCAUAAAACAGAAAAGAAAUUAAAUAUUGACAUUAAAUAACAUUUUAAAAUAUUGAUAACAAGAGACUGAAUGCAAAUUGAUCUCAGUAGUGUAGGUACUAAGUUCUAUGAUCCAUGAAACUCAUGAGGUAAUCAAAGAAGUAAGGUACAGUUAAUAUUACUGUUCCUUUUGCAACUGACUAAAAAUUGAGCAGUUUUUUUAUGCAUGUUCACCUCUAAGAAAUUUUCUUAGUUUCAAGUGUUGCAGUGAAACCAUACUUAAAUCACUACAUGCAGAAAGACAUUAGCAAUUGCAUUUGAAUGUAUUAGUUCGAAAAGUGGUCCCUUCAACUUUUUUCCACAUUUUUUUUACUGGAAGUAACUGAUCUUUAUACCCAUGCACAUUGAUUGGUAUAACAGGGGGUCAUUAGAAGGUUAUUGAGUCAGAGAAGGUGUUAUGUAGAUAUAGAGCAGCAUAUAGUGGACCUUGUCACUGAAACCACAGAUUACUUGUCUUAUAAAUUCAUCUUUUAUUUUUAAAGUACAAGAGUCGCUUGUAAUUGAACUUUUUAAGGUUUUUAAAGCAGGGAAGGUGUCUGAUUUUAACUAUGAAACUAUUGUACUAGCUGUGCUUGCUCUCUGAGAUUUCAUAUGGCCCAAAACAAUGUUUUAAGUUACUGUAAAGGAAAUGCUGUGCCAUUUACAGAACUAUGAAGAAACAAGCUGCUGUAUUGCUCUUUUUUAUGGCAGUGUAGUGCUUGAACCACCUGAUGUGUCAGAUAUCAUCACAGAAGAAGACCACACUGGACCCUGUGUUUCAUUUCUCAGAAUAGCAGUGUGUCCUGUCCACUAAAGCAAGAAUUGCCAUUUAAGCUGCACUAUUUUUGCUGAUUCCAACAAUAUUUUUCUCAGAAUAGUAGUGUUUCUUGUUCACACUGGCAAGAUUUGCCAUUUAAUCUGCACCAUUUUUGCUGACACCAACAAUAUUUAAUUACUGAUCGCAGUGUGUAACCUGAGGGAAUGUUGCUAGUUCAUGGACCUCUAUCGAAAGUGUCGUGUGAAUACUGGGGCUCUAUUUGAAAUAAUAUUGGCAUAAAACAAAUGAUAUUACACUGAAUAAACACUUCACUGCCUACUUUCUGUUUUUAAUCUAAUCACAUUAACAAACAGAUUGUAGAAUAGUAUGAUGUUACUAUACAACAGUCUCUACGAAGAAGAGAUUAAUUCUACGAAUGUUUGUGUUCAACAGCUAUGAAGAAGCAGUUUAACAGUAUUCUUUCAGAGGGUGUUUAAUGGUUACUAAAAUGAAUUUAAAUUAGUAUGAUCAAUAUUCAGUGUUCUGCUUGGAAUCAAGAUGGUUCCAAGGUGUGAGACUCUGAUGUAGCUCAGUGACUACCAUAUUUAAAGUUUAUAGUUACGUAUUCACAAAAAUUGAAUAACUGAAAUAUAAGUGAAUGUAACCUCAAAAUCUGAACCAUGCAGUGAAUUUGGAAUGCAACUAGAUAAUUUUAUAUACACGCACAUGUAACCUCAAAAUGUGAACCAUAAAGUUAAUUUACAAUGCAACCAUAUACUUUUAUUUAUACACACAUGAAGUUACAGCUGUGUCUCCAGCUAAAUGCAUGUCUGACAUGCUUGUAUUAUCAUAAUUCUCAAUCUUUUGACUAUUUAGAUUUAUACAAAAUUAUUUAAUCACAUUGUCAAUGAAAUGUGGAUUCAGUUUAUAACUUGAAGAUAAAGAUUUUAACUGAUUUUUUAAAUAACUGUGUCCACCCAGUAACAAGUUAUGACAUUCAUAACUACAAUAUUGAUUACAAAUUUGAUUACUCAGAUUUGAAAGAAAAUCUUGCCUUGUUUAUCACUGUUGUUGUGAUGUUGUAGUUAGAGAUUACAGAAUGGCAUUUGGCAAGGUUCUUCAUGCCACCAGUUAUUUUGUUACUAACAUCUUGCUUGCAGUGGGAAUUUUCCUCAAAGUUGUGUUGCUUGCAGAUUCCGUAUUAUAUUGAUGGAGGCUGAUUUGACCCAAAAGCUACUGCUGCUGCACCAACUUCCACUCCCAUAUGCAGGUUCAGCACUCAGAAUAUUCUGACAUCGACAAACAUGUCACAGCUAUGCUAUGUACACCAGGCAAUCCUGUAUGCAAGUGCUGUCUUUUCAUUUUGUUCUGUCCAUUCCACACUACUUAGCAGCCGGUUCAUCCAUAAAACUAUGAACUGAAAACCUAAAGUGGAUUCCUGAGAUCAUUAUUUGCUUCGCCAAAUGUAAUACGCAAUUUUAAAAGUACUUAUGAAUAUCACUUUUGUGCUUUCGGUUCUUUUAAACAAUAUAUGUCACUUCAUUUACUUUUAAGAUUGUUAAAGUGUGUGACAUAGGAAACAUCCAUAUUUGUAACAUAAUUUGGGAACAUCGAUAUUUACAUGUAUCAAAUCAUAUAGUCACAGUGUAGCCAAAAAAUUUUAAUAAACUGUUUAGUCAAAUUUAA